CCGCGGGCUCCGGGAGCGAGAGGCUGCCCUCUCCGCCGCGCCCCCCUUCCGGCUCCGAGGCCCCGCGCCGUCUCCGCGGCCGCUCAGCGUGCCUGGUGCUGCGCUCCCGCCGUGCGCCCUGGGCCCGGCCGCGCGGUUCCCCUAGAUUUCAAGUUGGAGAUUUUUCAGGUCAUAAUAUGAAAAUGCUGCUGAUUUUGUUCCUCAUAAUAAUUUGUUCCCAUGUUUCUGUGAACCAAGAUGCUGGUCCUGAGUAUGCAGACGUGGUGUUUCUGGUGGACAGCUCUGAUCACCUGGGAACUAAGUCCUUCCCUUUUGUAAAAAUGUUUAUCAACAAAAUGAUCAGCAGUCUUCCCAUAGACACCAACAAAUACCGCGUGGCCCUGGCCCAGUACAGUGACAUGCUCCACACUGAGUUCCAGCUGGACACCUUCAGGAGCAGGAACCCCAUGUUGAACCACAUCAGGAAGAACUUUGGGUUCCUAGGUGGCUCCCUGAGGAUAGGGAAUGCUCUCCAGCAGGUUCACAGGACCUAUUUCUCUGGGCCCGCAAGCAGGAGAGACAAGAAACAGUUCCCCCCAAUUUUGGUGGUCCUGGCUUCAGCCGAGUCUGAGGAUGACGUGGAAGAGGCUUCCAAGGCCCUGCAGAGAGACGGGGUGAGAAUCAUCUCUGUUGGGAUGCAGAGGGCAUCGGAGGAGAACCUGAAGACCAUGGCCACAGCUCAGUUCCAUUUCAACCUCCGGACGGCCAGAGACCUCAUCAUGUUUUCCCAUAACAUGACGCAAAUCAUCAGGGAUGCAGCCCAGCACAGGGAAGGAGCAGCCAAUGACACUCUUGUAAAAGGGUGCCAAGGCCCGUCAGUGGCUGAUGUGGUGUUCCUGCUGGAUGUGUCAAUUAAUGGCAGCCAGGAGAACUUUGAUUAUCUUAAAGAAUUCCUGGAAGAAAGUGUGUCUGCCCUUGACAUAAAGGAAAACUGCAUGAGGAUCAGCCUUGUGGCUUACAGCAAUGAGACAAAGGUGAUAAAUUCACUGAGCAGGGGCAUCAAUAAGUCAGAGGUUCUCCAGUAUAUACAGAACCUCUCUCCCCAGAUCGGGAAGGCCUACACGGGAGCUGCUCUCAGAAGGACUAGGAAGGAGAUCUUCAGUGCACGAAAUGGCAGUAGGAAGAAUCAGGGGGUGCCCCAGAUCGCCGUGCUGGUGACCCACAGACCCUCAGAGGACAACGUGACCAAGGCAGCCGCUAACCUCCGGCGUGAGGGCGUGACCAUCUUCACCAUGGGCAUAGAGGGGGCCAGCAACCCCCAGCUGGGAAAGAUAGCAUCUCAUCCUGCCGAGCAGUAUGUCUCCAGGCUGAAAACCUUCUCCGACCUGGCUGCUCACAACCAGACAUUUCUGAAGAAGCUGCGGAACCAAAUAACGCACACAGUCUCCGUCUUUUCGGAAUGGACCGAAACACUCAAAUCCGGUUGUGUGGACACAGAAGAAGCAGACAUCUACCUGCUCAUUGAUGGCUCUGGGAGCACGCAGGCCACAGACUUCCAAGAAAUGAAGACCUUCCUGUCAGAGGUCGUAGGGAUGUUCAACAUUGCUCCCCAAAAAGUGCGGGUUGGGGCUGUUCAGUACGCUGACAACUGGGACUUGGAAUUUGAGAUCAAUAAAUACUCUAACAAGCACGAUUUGGGAAAGGCCAUUGAGAACAUCAGGCAGAUGGGUGGGAACACAAACACAGGUGCAGCCCUGAAUUACACACUGAGGCUAUUGCAAAAAGCAAAGAAGCAGCGAGGAAACAGAGUGCCAUGUCAUCUUGUUGUCCUGACGAAUGGCAUGUCCAAGGACAGCAUCUUGGAGCCUGCAAGAAGACUGAGAGAAGAGCUCAUCCACGUUUAUGCCAUUGGGGUGAAGGAGGCCAACCAAACACAGCUGCGAGAAAUUGCUGGCAUGGAAAAGAGGGUGUACUACGUGCAUGACUUUGAUUCUCUGAAAGACAUUAGAAACCAAGUUGUUCAAGAAAUCUGUGCUGAAGAAGCCUGCAAAAACAUGAAAGCUGACAUUAUGUUUCUGGUGGACAGUUCUGGCAGUAUAGGACUUGAAAACUUCGUCAAAAUGAAAACAUUUAUGAAAAACCUGGUGAGCAAAUCCCAGAUUGGGGCAGAUCGGGUACAAAUUGGCGUAGUCCAGUUCAGCGACAUCAACAAGGAGGAGUUUCAGCUCAACAGAUACGUGUCCCAAAGUGAAAUUUCAGAGGCAAUAGACCAAAUGGGUCACAUUGGGGAAACCACCUUGACGGGUAGCGCUCUGACGUUUGUUUCUCAGUACUUCAGCCCCGCCAAGGGGUCCCGGCCCAACGUCAGGAAGUUUCUCAUCCUCAUCACAGAUGGUGAAGCUCAGGACAUAGUCAAGGACCCAGCAGUAACACUUCGGCAAGAAGGUGUAAUUAUCUACUCUGUGGGGGUGUUUGGCUCCAAUGUCACCCAGCUGGAGGAGAUCAGUGGGAGGCCAGAGAUGGUUUUUUAUGUUGAGAAUUUUGACAUUCUGCAGCACAUCGAAGAUGACCUCGUUUUUGGGAUAUGCAGCCCCCGCGAAGAAUGCAAGCGGAUUGAAGUCUUGGAUGUUGUGUUUGUAAUUGACAGCUCUGGAAGCAUUGACUCUGAUGAAUAUAAUAUUAUGAAGGAAUUUAUGAUUGACUUGGUGAAAAAAGCCAAUGUUGGCAAGAAUCAGGUCCAGUUUGGGGCUCUGAAGUACGCUGAUGACCCCGAGGUGCUAUUUUAUCUGGAUGACCUUGGCACGAAACAGGAGGUGAUAUCAGUGCUCCAGAAUGACCAGCCCAUGGGGGGUAACACUUACACUGCCGAGGCCCUGGGCUUCUCAGAGCACAUGUUCAUGGAAGCCCGGGGCAGUCGCCUGCACAAGGGGGUCCCCCAGGUCCUCGUGGUGAUCACUGACGGGGAAUCCCAUGAUGCGGACAAGCUCAAUGCCACGGCCAAGGCCUUGAGGGACAAAGGCAUUCUUGUCCUGGCCGUGGGGAUCGCCGGUGCCAAUCCCGUGGAGCUGCUGGCUAUGGCAGGGUCUGGGGACAAGUACUUCUUCGUGGAGACUUUCGGAGGCCUGAAGGGGAUAUUUUCAAAUGUGUCAGCCAGUGUGUGUAACUCUUCAAAAGUAGAUUGUGAAAUUGAAAAAGUAGACCUUGUGUUCCUCAUGGAUGGAUCGAAUAGCAUUCAUCCAGAUGACUUCAAGAAGAUGAAGGAAUUCUUGGCAUCCAUUGUUCAAGACUUCGACGUCAGCGCCAACAGGGUGCGUGUAGGAGUGGCCCAGUUUAGCCACACCUACCAACCAGAGUUUCAUCUGGGCAAUUUCAUAGGCCAAAAGGAGAUAUCAUUUCAGAUCGAAAGCAUCCAGCAGAUCUUUGGGUACACACACAUCGGCGCUGCCCUCUGGCAGGUGGGGCACUACUUCCGGCCAGACAUGGGCAGCCGGAUACAGGCAGGCGCCCCGCAGGUGCUGCUGGUCCUCACGGACGGCCGGUCCCAGGACGAGGUGGCUCAGGCCGCUGAAAACCUGAGACGCAAAGGAGUUGACAUUUAUUCCGUGGGAAUCGGGGAUGUGGACGACCAGCAGCUCGUUCAGAUCACCGGCACUGCAGACAAAAAGCUGACAGUUGAUAACUUCGAUGAACUGAGGAAGGUCAGGAAGAGGAUCGUUCGCAGCAUCUGCACCUCCGGGGGCGGCAGCAAUUGUUUUGUGGAUGUUGUAGUGGGAUUUGACGUCUCAACUCAUGAGAAUGGGCAGACUUUGCUCGAAGGUCAGUCUUGGAUAGAAACCUACCUUCAAGACAUCUUACAUGCCAUCAGCUCCCUCAAUGGGGUAAGCUGUGAGGUGGGCACAGAGACUCAUGUUAGUGUGGCUUUUCAAGUGACUAAUGCCAUAGAAAAAUAUUCCCCCAAGUUUGAGAUCUACAGUGAAAACAUACUGCACAGCUUGAAGGAUGUGAUAGUUAAAGGACCAUCUCUUCUCAACGCAAACCUCUUGAGCUCUCUGUGGGAUGCAUUUCAGAAUAAAUCAGCUGCUCGAGGAAAGGUGGUUCUCUUAUUUUCCGAUGGAUUGGAUGAUGAUAUUGAAAAGCUUGAACAAAAAUCUGGUGAACUUAGGAAAGAAGGCCUGAAUGCCCUUAUAACUGUUGCUCUGGAUGGAGCCAGUGCCUCGGGCGACCUGGCUGAUCUUCUCUACAUUGAAUUUGGGAAAGGAUUCGCGUACAGGACCCAGCUCACUAUUGGGAUGAGGGAUCUUGGGAGCCGACUAUCAAGGCAACUAGUCAAUGUUGCCGAAAGGACAUGCUGCUGUUUAUUCUGCAAGUGCAUUGGAGGAGAUGGCACACUGGGAGAGCCUGGAGCGCCAGGGAAGAAGGGACCCCCUGGUUUUAAAGGCAGUGAAGGCUACCUGGGAGAGGAGGGCAUUGCUGGAGAAAGAGGAGCCACCGGACCAGCGGGAGAGCAAGGUGCUAAAGGGUGCCAUGGUGCCAGGGGUCCUAAGGGAAACAGGGGACUAAAUGGACAGGAGGGAGAAGUUGGGGAAAGUGGAAUUGAUGGAUUAAAUGGAGAACAGGGUGACAGUGGUCUUCCUGGAGGAAAAGGAUCAAAGGGUGAUGAAGGAUCCCAGGGAAGCCCAGGGAAGAAAGGAAUGUCUGGCGACCACGGAACAAAGGGCCUGCGAGGAGACCCUGGAGUUCCUGGACUUGACAAUAGCAUACAAGGACCAAAGGGCUUAACAGGAGAUCGCGGAAGACAGGGUAGAAGAGGCUGGCCAGGCCCCCCUGGAACACCAGGCUCCAGAAGAAAGAUGGCAGCUCAUGGCCGAAGGGGACAUACAGGUCCACAGGGGAAAACAGGCAUCCCCGGCCCAGAGGGACUCGAAGGCUCACCGGGACUGACAGGCCCUCAGGGCCCAAGAGGAGAGGCUGGUGUGAAAGGGGAGAAAGGCGAUCUGGGAAGUAGAGGUCCUCAGGGACCUCCAGGACCAGGAGGAGAGGCAGGGACUCAAGGCCACUUGGGAAGCCAAGGAAAUAAAGGAGAACCUGGAGCUCCGGGAAGCAAAGGAGCUCUUGGCCUGCCUGGUCCCCGAGGCUUGCCGGGGGACGAUGGCCACCCGGGUUAUGGCAGCUUUGGAAGUAAAGGAGCAAAGGGGCAAGAAGGAUUCCCUGGAGAAAGUGGAGCUAAGGGUGAGAUUGGGGGCCCAGGUGGCCUAGGAGAAACUGGACCCCAGGGGGCAAGAGGCCAGACGGUAUCCACUGGGCUUCCAGGAGAGAUGGGAUUCCCCGGAGAGCCAGGACCUGCUGGGCGCAAGGGUGUGAAAGGGGCCAAAGGAUUGACUUCGUUUUCUGCAUGUGAGCUCACUCAGUUUGUACGGGACCACAGUCCCGGCAGACACGGAAAGCCAGAAUGCCCAGUGCACCCUACGGAGCUGGUGUUUGCCUUAGACCAGUCCCGGGAUGUCACGAAGCAAGAAUUUGAGCGGAUGAAGGAGAUGGUGUCUUCCCUGGUGAGGGGCGUCCGGGUCCGGGAGAGCAGCUGCCCUGUGGGCGCGCGCAUCGCCAUCCUCUCCUACGGCUCCCACGCCAGGCACCUCAUCCGCUUCUCGGACGCCUACAAGAAGAGCCAGCUUCUCAGGGAGAUUGAAGCUAUUCCUUACGAGAGAUCCUCAGACAGCAGGGAGAUCGGCAAAGUCAUGAGGUUUAUUUCCAGGAAUGUUUUCAAGCGCACGCUUCCAGGGGCCCACGCGAGAAGAAUUGCCACGUUCUUCAGCAGUGGUCAAUCUGCCGAUGUCCACUCCAUCACCACGGCCUCCAUGGAAUUCAGUGCCCUUGACAUUGUCCCGGUGGUGAUUGCUUUCAGCAAUGUGCCCUCCAUCAAGCGUGCGUUUGCGAUUGACGACACGGGCUCAUUCCAGGUGAUCAUGGUUCCGCCUGGGGCUGACUACACGCCUGCACUAGAGAGGCUCCAGCGGUGCACUUUCUGCUACGAUGCAUGUAACCCGGAUUCUUUCUGCAACCAAGCCACCCCACCACCUUCUGUACAGUCCUACAUGGAUGCUGCUUUCCUUCUGGACAGCUCCCAACAUGUGGGAAGUGCCGAAUUUGAAGACAUAAGAGGCUUCCUGGGAGCACUGUUAGAUCACUUUGAAGUCAGCCCAGAGCCCAAGACCUCUGUCACUGGAGACCGGGUGGCCCUAUUAAGCCAUGCUCCCCCCAACUUCCUACCCAACACUCAGAAGAGUCCUGUUAGAACCGAGUUCAACCUUACCACCUACAACAGUAAACACCUCAUGAAGAGGCAUGUGGAAGAAUCAGUCCAACCACUAAGUGGAGAUGCCUUUAUCGGCCAUGCCUUGCAGUGGACUGUGGACAAUAUCUUCUUAAGUACACCCAAUCUGAGAAGAAACAAAGUCAUAUUUGUGAUAUCUGCUGGGGAAACCAGUCACUUGGACAGGGAAACUUUAAAGAAAGAAUCCUUGAGAGCCAAGUGCCAAGGCUAUGCCCUGUUCGUGUUUUCCUUGGGCCCUGCCUGGAAUGACAAGGAGCUGGAGGAGCUAGCCAGCAGCCCUUUGGACCAUCACUUGGUCCAGCUUGGCCGAGUUCAUAAACCUGACCACAAAUAUGGUGUGAAGUUUGUGAAGUCCUUUAUAAACUCCGUCAGGCGUACAAUCAACAAAUAUCCACCAAUAACCUUCAAAACCAAGUGCAACAGACUCAGCUCCACAGACCCAAAGCAGCCCCCACAGCAGCUACAAAGCUUUGCUCCUGGACCACAUAAAGCAGCCCUCAAAGAAGACACAUUACAGAAGGCAAAAUUCUUUCAAGACAACAAGUAUCUUUCAAGAGUAGUAAGAGGCAGCCGAGAUGGUACUGUUCAAAAUUUUACCAGAAACAUAUUCCAUACCUUUAAAAAUGGAAAACAGGUGAUAAAAACUGCUCCCAAACAACAUGAUAAAGGACAUGCUCAAAGAAUUUAGCCUCAGAAGGGAUGGUAAAACUCUGGACUUAAAUAAUUAAGUUCACUGCCAUCACCGUGGGCAACUUUUAUUUGGGUAUCUGCCUGUAUCCAAGGUCCACUCAGAGGGCUGGACAAACCACACGUUGUAGAUGAUCCAGCAACUUGACCCCUUGCACUUGUUGGUAUUAAGAUGUCCUGUCCAUUUAUCUGACUGCUCCUGUUAACUCUAGCACUGUAAGACUGAUGUGUUCAAGAACUGUUAUCAUUAAAAGAUGGAAGAAUGAAAGAAGUAUUUUUGAAAAGUCUAGUGGAAAUACAACUGAAGGUAAACUUUAUAUAGUGUAUACAUGGGCUAAUUCUUUUGAUUAUAGAUCUCUGUCUAGUUCACUUUAUGUAAACCAAGACUUUUUUCUCAAUUUAAUACUGUUUAAUGCUCAUGUAGUUAACCAAAGAUAGUUCUGGGAGACUCCAGAAUUUAUCUUAGUAAUUGGUGCUUCUGGUAUGUCACAACUUUGGACAUUUGGCUUUCCAGGAUGAUUGCAUUUAAGCACACCACUGUCUCUGCAUGGACCAGCCGGGGGCUUGUGCUACAAGUUUCUUCUCACCUUCUGUAGUUGUUUGCCUGGACAGGUGAGGGGCAGAGAGUAAUUUUCCCCAGCUGCAAAUCCUCCUUAACCCCACGAGAAACUCAUUAAUUUCUCCAGAACAUAAAUUAUUGCUUUUGAGCUGAAGUUCCUUCUCAUUAUACAGAGCCCCCUGCCCGGCCAUUUUGAUGGGCACUUUUCUUUCCUAUUAUUGCCAUUUAUUAUUUUUUUUACUAAUCCAUAUAUCCUUUACCCAAGGAGAAGACAGGCACAAUUGUCAUGGGUAAAGCUCUGAGUUACUUUUGCCAUCAGGUAGCUACACUCAAUAGUGCAUAGCACCAAAAAGGACUGGCAAGCUCUGGACAGAGCCUCAACUGCAUAGUUUGGAAAAGAUAAGAAAGUUGUUGAUAUUUGGAUCUACAAAUCCACGUGGGGUUGCAGAGAUGCAAAGAGAUCAGAGUAAGUUAAAGCAGGAGAGGUCUCUGAAGUACUAAGCCUCUGGUGGCCUCCACUGACAGCUGCUCUCUCCCCAUCCCCUCACGUAACUAACUAAUCUUACGGAGGGGCUGAUACUAUCAGCAACUGAACAGCAGGCAGCAUUUAGUCCAGACACAAUGUUCAGACCUUACCUUGACCUCUGAGGGCGGCUCCAUAGUUGGAGCCAACGGCCUUGCUGGGCAGAGGACCACCCUCUUCAGCCAAUAGGGAAGCCUCCUUGGAUGCGCAGCAGGUGGGAACCGACACCUAAGACCAGCAGGUAUGAUCAGAUUUUUUUCUAUACCUCUACUCAUAAAACUUGGGAACAAAGGGCCACCUGCAGUGUUUUUUUAAACCACCUCUGCCAUCCUUACUCAGG